CGAGCGCCGGUUAGCUUAGCCAGCGGUUAGCUUAGCCAGCGGUUAGCUCAGCCAGCGGUUAGCUUAGCGCCGGUUAGCUUAGCGCCGGUUAGCUUAGCGCCGGUUAGCUUAGCGCCGGUUAGCUUAGCGCCGGUUAGCUUAGCCAGCGGUUCUUUCCCCAGUUUCAACAACCGCACGCUUUCUUAUAAAGGCAGCAGCUUUAAUCGUGCUAAAAUGAUAAACAUGGUUUGCCACACCUGCAGGAAACCGCAAAAGUGAAAAACACACCAAAGCUUUCUUCCAAAGGCAGCGCGUCGUGCUCGAAUGAGAACAGCGAAUCACAUUCACACUGCGCGCUCCUGUUUGAAUCGGAUUGAAAUGUAACAGUUUUAAAACGUUGCAACACGGUAAAUGCGCCGAUUCAUUCCAAAGGGAGAUCACACCGGGGCGUGGAGUCUCCCAGCCGGAUCCGGGGAAAUAUGAUUUUCAUCCGUGUUUAAAACACCAGCAACACAAGCCUGUCAUUACAAGAGAUACAACAAUUAAGGAGCAUCUCAGGAACAGAUGAAGAAGAGGAUCCAUCUGACUGAAGUGCAGCGCUGGCGGCUCAGUCUGCAGACAGACAGACAGACAGACAGACAGGCGGCGGGUGUAACCCGUGCCUCCUCUCCGCAAGCCCUGCUCACUCCAUCUCACUUCACUGUGACCUCGACUCCGACCUUGACCUCUGUGACCCCCAUGUGCCCCGUCCCCUCCCUCGCACCCCAUAGGACAGAUCCAUGGACCCCCCUCACACACACUCAGCAGGAAGUGAUGCGGCUCCACACGCACUGCUCACGUGUUCCAGUGAGGGAGGAGCUGGGGAGGAAGGUGGAGAAACUAAAGGAGGAGCUGAGAGAGAGAGACGGCAUCAUCAGCAGACAGUGUAUUGAUCAAGAGGACUUGGGUGCUGAACUUAAGCAGAGCAGACAGAAGCUUGCAGAGCUGCAGACAGAGUAUGUGUUGCAGCGUCAGCAGUGGGAGAGACAACUUCACAAUUCUAAAGAAGAAACACACAGAUUACAGAAAGACACACAGGAACAGGUGCAGCAGAUGUGUGAGCAUCAUGCAGCAGAGCUUUCAACUUUGACUCACACCAGCUCAGAGCUGCAGAACACACUCCACACUCUCACACAGGAAAUGACAUCACUCAGACACCAGGUGGAGGAAGUGACAUCAGAGAGAGAUGAGCUGAAGGAACAGCUGAGUGCUCUUAGAAGUGAGAAAGUGGAGCAGGCUGAGACUCUGCGCAAGUUACGCAGUUACAUUGGCGCACACACAGGAGAAGAGGAACAACACACUAUUGUAGAGAAGCUGCAGAAGGAGAAAGAAGCAUUGUCUUUAUCUGUGGAGCUGCUGAAUGUCCGAGUCAAAUCUGCUCAUGACAUCCUGAUACUACAGGAGAGAGAGCUGGGGGAGCAGUGUGAUCCUCUCCAUAAAUGUAAGUCAGUUCAGUUGUUGAGUUUGUGGAGAGAGAAGGUCUUCAUGCUGCUCAUACAGCUACGAUCGAAAGACUCGCAACUACACACUGAGAACACACGACUAUACCACACGGUCUCUGACCUGCAGCAAGAGGUUCAGAAGCUGCAGUCACACAUCGCUUUACUACAACACAACCUUCAGGACAAAACGGCACAACUACAGCUACACAACAUACACGCACAGGUGCUGGAGCAGCAGCUGUGUAGUUCUGUUGAAGAGAAUGAGAAACUGAAAAAAUAUAAAGAGAGCAGUGAGAAAUGUGCUGCACACAUUACUGAUACAGUACACAGGAUGAGUGUGUGUGUUGGGGAGUGGGCAAGUCAGUUUGAAGCUGCUCAGUGUCAUAUGAGUGCUUUGACACAGAGACUCAACUUUGCCAACGCACGUCUCCACACAGUGCACGGUUUGCUGAUGAGGAAAGAAGCUUUAUGGGAAGCACAACAGGCCACAAAACCUGCAGAACUUACAACUUCAGACAGCUGCAUUGAGAGACUGCAGUCACAGGUGGUACUUCUGACCUCAGAGAGAGAGACACUCGCCCAGGAACUGAAACGAACACCACAACUGAUCAGUAACGCAUUGAGAGACCUACAGCUACAGUGUAUAUACACACACACACACACACACAGUGGUGUUUGAGAGUUUGUGAACCCUUUAGAAUUUUCUAUAUUUCUGCAUAAAUAUGACCUAAAACAUCCUCAGAUUUUCACACAAGUCCUAAAAGUAGAUAAAGAGAACCCAGUUAAACAAAAGAGACAAAAAUAUUAUACUUGGUCAUUUAUUUAUUGAGGAGAAUGAUCCAAUAUUACCGGUACAUAUCUGUGAGUGGCAAAAGUAUGUGACCCUUUGCUUUCAGUAUCUGGUGUGACCCCCUUGUGCAGCAAUAACUGCAACUAAACGUUUGCGGUAACUGUUGA